UUUCUAUAUAAUAGAUAUCUUUGGACGUGCAAUUGUCAUCAAGAAGCUUUCAACAUCUCAAGUUAUAACUCCUCUCAUUUUCUCUCUUUACGGUAUAUUGGAAAUUUCUGAAGCUUUUCUAUUGUUUUCUUGAGCCAUGACUAUCCAGAAAUCUGUGUUGCAAUUGAGUGUUCAAGAGGAAAGAAUCAGGAAGAGAGUGUGGGCGGCCGUUUCUAAGUUUUCAGGGGUUACUUCAAUAGCGAUGGAUGACAAAACGGGGAAAAUGACCUUAGUUGGUGAAGUUGAUGUAUCAAGAAUUGUGAAGAAGCUAAGGAAGAUAUGUAAUGCAGAGCUCGUUUCGGUUGAAGUUGUUAAACCAUCUGAGAAAAAGCCUGAACCGGAGAAACCGGCUCCAGCUAAACCGGCAGAAAUUGUUGUUCCGGUUACGCAUUUUAACUACCCCUACCAGUAUCAGUCGUCCUAUGCGAAUUCUUACUAUCAGCCAUGCCAGAAUUACAGAGUUGUGGUGGAAGAACCAAAUACUUGUGUGAUUAUGUAACACUUCAUUUUAGUCUAUGGAACACUUAAUUUUGAUGGAAGAAUGUAAUUUUCGGUUACUGUGAUAUAAAUUUCUUUUAAUGAGCUUAAA